UUUUUAUCGUUAUUUAAAUGAGUCAUACUAAAGCUGUACACCUUUACAAUCUUACUGCUUUCGCUUAACAUUUGUUCAUUUUAAGAUCAAAUACGAAGCACAGCGCUGUUUCCGCGAUGUUUUAACCGAAUGCCGUUACGACAUGGUGACGACACGAGAAGGACUUUGCGUGAUCCGCAAGCAUGAAACGUCUAUUGAUCUUUAAAACGCUGAGAUAUAUUCACAGAACUGCGGAAUACGUCUCAUCUAGGAUCAUAUCCCUGCCAGUUCACCAUCGCACGAUAUUUGUCUUUCCUUUUUGCACGAAAUCUCUGAAUGGCCACACAGCAAUGGACCUGAGCAGCAUGAGAAAGCAGUACAAUAGCGAAAGCGAGUCUUUUGUAGAGGAUCGGCUUGCUUCUCUUGAUCCAAUAAAACAGUUUGGUGAGUGGUUUGAUCAGGCAUCUGCAUGCCCGAAAAUUGGGGAGGCCAAUGCCAUGUGCAUCGCAACAGCAUCAAAGGAUGGGAAGCCCUCAGCUCGUAUGGUGCUUCUGAAGGGCUACAGUAAUGAGGGCUUCCUCUUCUUCACCAACUAUGAAAGCCGUAAAGGUAAAGAGCUGGAGAGCAACCCCCAUGCCAGCCUCAUCUUCUACUGGGAACCACUGAACAGGCAGAUUCGCAUUGAGGGCAUUGUAGAGAAAAUUCCACCUCAGGUCUCCUGUGAGUACUUUCACUCAAGACCCCGGGACAGUCAAAUCGGAGCGGUCGUCAGCAGACAGAGCACUGUGAUACCUGACCGGGAGUACAUAAGACAGCAGUAUGCAGAUAUGGAGGAGAAAUACAAGGACUCGGAGGUUCCCAAGCCAGAUUACUGGGGAGGCUACAUUGUCAAGCCUUUCGUGAUUGAGUUCUGGCAGGGCCAGACCAAUAGGCUUCAUGAUCGCAUUGUCUUCACCAAGUUGAAAGAGGGAGAGGCCGAACUUGGGGACAUGCAGCAUCGGGCAGAGGGGGGAUGGGUGUACCACCGCUUAGCACCCUGACCUUGGUCAUUUUAAUCAAACCAUAAUAUUACUACCCUUGGUGAUAUGGCCAUGAAUUAGUAAUUGUUUUUCUGUAACUGGCAGUCAUUCUGAUGUUAAAUAGAUAAUAUAAAGCAAUUAUUUUCUUGGUAAAUUCCCCUGAUAAAUAGUAACUUAUCUAGUCUGUAAUGUUUGAGUACAAAAUCUAGUUGCCUUCACAUAAAGACAGCCAUGCUGCAUCAUAACCUAUAUAAAAAUAGAGUAAGGUACAUUACUAUAGUUUAAUAGCUUAACAAAUUACAUUUGUGCAUCUUUUUAAUUCAAUAAGAUCCCUUAUUUUUGUAUGUGUCUGUCUUAAAAGGGAGUUUCUGUGUUAUGAAUUUAACUAAAAUGUAGUGCCAAAUAAUUUAUUGGUUAAAAUGUUUAAUUAAACAGAAUCAUACAA